UCUCCAAACUAUAUUAUAUUUCAAAUAGAGAGUAUGCAUUGAACCUUACAAUAUUUAAUCUCUUAUAUAUAAGCUUAUUUGAUCCAAAGGGAGAUAAUAGCUAACAAGAAACAAAAGAUGGCUGAGUUCAUUGAAGAUACAAAGAACAAGAAUGAAGAUCCAUCCAUAAGCAUUGUUUCUGAUGGAAAAUCUUCUAAUGAACCAUCAAAAGUUGACCAAGUAGUAGAAACACAAGCAGAAAAUAGUACACAAAAUCAAGAAAAAGAAAAUAUUAUUGCUCAACAAGGUCAAGAAGUAGAUAAAUCUAAAGAAAAUUCUCAAAAACAAGAACAAGAACAAACCGAAGAAGAAGAAGAGGAGGAGGAAAAUGCUAAUGAAGAGGACAGAGCAAAUUUUUCAACACGUCCAGGAAAAAGAUCAGCUCCUAAACCUAAGACUGGUUGAGAUUAAUUAUUUCAAUAUUGUGAUAAUUAUUUCAACAAGCCUAGCUAUUUUUUCUAGGGUUUUAUUUUGGUUUGUUCUUCUCAUUUUUAAUAUUGUAAUGUGUAAGGAAUAUUCUUCUUGUUUCUUUGUUUGUUUUUCUCUUCCUUUUUUUUUUUUAUAAAUAUGGUAAUGAUUAAUAUA